AUCUAGAGAGUGAGCUGGGGGCGGAUCGGUACAGUUUCCCAGCACGGAGAGAGAGAGCGGUCGGCGGAGGCAGAGAAAUCCCAAAUCCAGGGCGCUGCUGGCUGUGGAGCGCUGAGAUUGAUCAGGAGAGACCAGAGGGACAUUUACAACCUGCUUCAGGGGAGGGAGAGAAACAGGAGAAAGAAACCCAGCGUAUUCCGCUCGGAUACCGACCCCAGCGCUGUGUAUCCUCUUCCCCACCAUGUCCAAGCUCUCGGUGCUCCUGCUGUGUCUGCUGAUCCCCAGCCUGUGCGACAUUGUAUCGAUGUACCACACAUCCAAACAAAUCCAAGACCUUGCAACAUUAACGGAUCUGGAAGGAUCAGGGUCAGAUGAUGAAGAUGAAGGAUUUUACUCUGGCUCUGGAGGUUCUGGAUACUUUGAGUUCGACACCAAGCUGAGAUUUACCACCGGUGUGACCAGGGCGGUCACAUCCACACCCUCCACCUCUGCCUUUGGAUCCAUCCAGCCCUUUGCCUUCACCUUCAGAAGUACCACCUUGACAAGUGGCAGCAGUGCCCGAGUGCUGGACCCCACCUCCGCCGCCCUCACCACCCAGCAGGCUGUGACAGCAGCACCAGCCCCCGCCACCGUGCCAGCUGCCGCUGCUACUACGACCCUCCGGGUGACCACGGCAAGCACCGGUGCAGCCACAACUUCCACGGUUAAAACACCGGCCACCCACAGCAGCACCAUUGCCGUCGUUCCACUGGCCACCACAGGGGUCACAGCCACCACCAAGCAGAGUAUGACCAGUCCGGGAGCCGUGGCGAGACCUGUUUCCACACCUGACCCGCAGACAAGUCGAGCAACCUUGGAAAGCUUCACGAUGGACACCAGUAAAACCCUCCUGUCCAUUCCUUAUAUCACAGAGAAACCAAGCUCCAGUGAACAGGUGGAAGAGACGACCAUUAACAAUGAAGUGGAGGCUCCAGCAGCGGGGUCUCCGAGUGGAGACUUUGAACUCACCGAGGAAGGAGAAGUGGUGAACCCAGAGGGAAAUAACGAAGUGUUCGCAGCCAUCACACAACCAACUGUCCGGGGCACUGGGAAGAUUGGCCUGCCUGAUAUUAUAGACAAUGCAAUAGACUCUGGCAGCUCAUCAUCAGCUGCACAAUUGCCCCAGAAAAACAUAUUGGAGAGGAAAGAGGUUUUAGUAGCGGUUGUCGUUGGGGGAGUGGUUGGAGCUCUCUUCGCUGCCUUCCUGGUGAUGCUGCUGAUCUAUCGAAUGAAGAAAAAGGACGAGGGAAGCUACACACUGGAAGAGCCAAAGCAGGCGAGCAUAGCUUACCAAAAACCUGACAUACAGGAGGAGUUCUAUGCAUAAACAAAUCGAGAGUGCCUCUAUUGUGCGGACUGUAAACAGAUCAUUCUCUUAAAAAAUACAUAAAAAAGAAUAACCACCCCCGAAUGUCACUUGAGCAAAGUUCUGCUGAGUAGCAGAGUUGUGUUUUAAUGCUGGUCUUUUUCACUCGUGUUGUUGAAUUUACUGUCAUUGUCCCAACCAAGACUUCCAAGGGGGGUCCGUACUAGGGGGCUAGAAAACACAAAGCACAGCAACUGCUUCUAGAGAAUUGCAGCACCACAAUAGAAUUAUUAUAUGGGGCAGAGCAUUGGGAAUAUUCCUGGUGGCUGAAGGUUUGCAUAUCAAAGGAAAAUAGGAUUUUUAAUACAUGUUGCUCACCCAGAAUGUUAAAUUCUUUUAUUUGAUCUAAGUAGUUGCAUUGUUUCCAAGGCUACUUCCUCCCCCCUUCAGAACUUCUUGUGAGCCACAGCCUGGUACCGUGUUUAUAUUAUUCUCUAUUCUUGAAUACAUAUAUUAAAAGAAGUGAUUCCUGUUUGACUGCCCAGUGAAAAUAGACAAUCAAUAUCUGAUGUCUAUGGAGUUACUGUACUGAAAUUGUUUUAAUGAAAAAGUAUUAAAAUCUGAUGAAUAGCUGUGGUUUGAAGGUGACAAAACAUAUCCUUAAAUUAAUGUUGCUGAAUUCUUGAAUGAAUAUAUGUUUGUGUCAAAUUGAAUAAAAAAACUGAUUUGUUUUGAAAGAGGUGUUCCUACCUGUGAUUCAGAUGGGACUGAGGAGGUUUUGAUUUGAUGGAUGAACCACCAUCCACAGACAGCACGUGAAGAACAAAACCUACCCCUUAAAAUUAGGCGUGCAGUUGGAGCACAAUCUCUGGAAGUUUCCCGUUCACUGAUGUGUUGGUUGGAAUAAAUCCUACUAAACCAUUAGGAAGAAAAUACUGGGAAUAGAUGAGUGUGAAUGGAGGUGAGCAAUUCCUCAUUACAUCCUGAAGUUUAUCUCCAGCUAAUUCCUUCAACUAACAGCAGCAAGAUUCCUUCCUUCUUUGCCUCCUCCCACCCUCCUUCAUCUUGAUUUCUUUCCUCAUUCUGUCUCAUUUCCUUUCUUUCUCAUUCUCUCCCUCUCACAGACACGCAUCUCACCCCCUCCCCCACCGCCCACCCCUCAAUCUUCCCCUCCAGCUCACCCUCUGCAGUGACCAAGCCAGACAGCAGUAUCAUUUAGUGCCUCUGUCCCUUGCUCAGUACCUUGAUUACAAUUGCUGUAGCAACUAUUCUGAUGUUAUUUUGUUUGCAGUCUUUACUCGUGCUUUUGGGACCACAACAGCCCCAUUUAAUAAUUGUGCCCACAGUUAAAUCUAGUAAGGUGGCAGGGUAGUGCCAGACUCUGUUGACUAAGGUGGCAGCAAGCUGGCCUGGGGAAUAGGUUGAAGGCAAAAAGAGAAACAAAGGCAGAAGGAAACUGUAAUGGUAAAUGUCACAGACAAGCCUAUAUAUCCAUGGAAGUGAUGACUAGGAGAAUGUAAUGAAUCCCUCUGGAUGUUUAAUAAUCUGUUGCAAUUUGACAGUAUUAUCUUAUCUGAUGGCAAGUGAAAGGCCAAUGUUCACAAGGCAAACUGAAAGGAUACUGACUUGUGAAACUUGGUGCGAUUUAGAGAUUUGUCCUGUUGUGGAAUAUGUUUAGCCGAAAUCUUGUAUAAGAUUAUUUUGUCCAACUUACUCUUGAAUGGGUACACGGCCUGAGAAGGCAUGACGGGGUUCAAAUCCACCCUUUGGGCUUGAAGGGAUUGCACACUGUCAGUGGAAACAAGCUGGAUGCAUCCAGGAUUAGGCACUGGAGAGAUGAAAAUUAAAUAUUUCAGUGCUGGGAAGGUUAAACAAAAAUAACACACGGAUGGUCUGCUUAUAUCUGGAAAGGGCAAAGUAAGUUUAACAAUUUGGAUAAAGACUUCUUUAGAUUUCUGAAACAUUUAACCUUCCACUUUCCAAUGGUCAUGUUUUCCUUCUUCACUUCUGUGCAUUGCAUGGAUGAAGAUUGAACUCGUGGUGACUGCCACUGCAACAUCACCAGCACCAUCUUCUUUUAAGUUACUGUCCUCAGAAGCAACACUCUGGUUGCAUCUGAGUGGGUUGAGCUACUGAGUUCACACUGCCAGCAGGGAGCUACAUCCCCAGGAUACAAGUAACAAGAAACCUACUGCGUUUUUCUAUAAACAAAAUUACCCUGCUCUUAUUGGGGGAAGUUGCAAUCAUUUCUAUUCCACUUUAGCCCUUAACUAAAUUUUCUCCUGCCUUUGAUUGCUGUAGAUUACACUGUUAGCUGAGAGUCAUAAAUCCUGCCACAUUUCCCACUUGUUAGCUGAGUGUUGUCAAUAAAUAUUCUCGUGUAAGUAUCUAUAUCCAUACUUAAGGAUGCAAAUUGCCUAAUUAAGAAUCAAAAACCAGUAACUUGAAACUGCCAGCUAGUCAUAAAAGUCCUUCAGGAAAGGAAGCAUGCUGCCCUUACUGGGUCUGGCCCAUAUAUAACUCCAGACCGAUCAACAAGGUUGGUUCCAACUGCCUCCCCAGUUCAGCAAUGACUGGGACAAUGAAUGGUCACAUCACCAGUGAUGUCCACAUUCCCACAGACAAACAAGUAAAAAUAUCCUUCAUGUUCCUGCCAAUGAAAGCUCUCUAGUGCCAUUACACUUGGGAGUAUGUAAUCAGAAUAACAUUGGUUAUAUUGGCAGCUUUCUGCAUCUGGGUGGCCUUAGGAAUUCAUAAUGGUAGAGGAGGGAAAAAGAAGACAGAACAUAUGAAUAUAAAAUGGGAACAGAAUUAAUUCUGCACUCACUGGUCCAAUUAUCUCCUGCUCUCCAAACCCCCUUUCACCUGAAGACUACAUUCUCAGUGUGAUGUGCCACAAGGGAUUGAAAUAAAAACCUUCAAUUUAAUCCAAAAAAAUGAGAUGCAGAAUAAAGACUGUUAACCUAAAUUGACUUGAAUAUUCCUCCCAGGGAUUGUUUCUGAGGUUUUAUGUAGAACGGAAUAUGAAUUUUACAUUUCCCCCUCUAUAAUAAUUUUUAGUUUAAAUGCAGGAGUAGGCUUUUAUGAAAGGACUCAACAACUUUAUAGUGCUGCAGUCUGUUUGGUUUUCUGCUCUUAAGUGACAUGUUAAAGUCAUCACAUGACUUUAACUUAAAAUAACAUUCCUUGAAAAUUUGCACAUUACACACCCUCAAAGCCUGUCCUAGAUGGCAACUGAAUAAUGAGUGGGAUAAUGAAGUUAUGUUCCUUACAAAUGUGAUAUACAUAUUCUUUGUGGUACCUUAAAUAAGCCUGAGUGAUUCUGGCUAUCCAUUCAGGUCAAAUUAAAAUUAUUAAUUGAUUCAUCAGGAUUACAAUUCACCUGAAUGCAGCAUCGAAGUGAAGAUGAAUUGCAUAAAGACGGUGUUUGGCCCAGCCGAUCCAUGUCAGGUCUUUUUGUUCCACCCUACAUCUUGCUACCCUAUUUACAUAUCCUUGAAGAAUGGAGCAAUAUUACUUACAGCCUGAAUUUCUUUCUUUAUUAUCCUUUUAUGCAACAUAUAAACAAAUGGAAUAAGAUGGGAAGUUAGCAGCACGUCUGAUGUGUCUGUGGUUGAGUUAGGUUCAGAACAGAACAAGUGACUUCACCCAGCAACUUAGGCAGAUGGACGAAUGGCUAAUUGGCACAAGAUCAUUCCUUAUAUUAACAAACAUUACAGUUAUUUCUUACUUACAACUAUUAGUAAAGGUAUUUAACCAGUAAAAUAGCCAAAUUCUGACCCUUCCUCAUCUCAUCUACUGCAAAACAAAGAAGAAACAUUGAUGCCUCUCGACUUGACUAUUUCAACUCCUGAUUGGUUUCCCUGUUUCUACUCUCUAUAAACUUUGAGUCAUCCAAAACAUAGCUACCUGCAAACUAAUCUGCACCAAGUCCCAUUCGCCACUUUAUUGACCUCCAUUGGGCUCUCGAUCUGACACUGCCUCAACUUCAAAUGCUCAUGCUUGUUUUCAAAUUACUCCAAGAUCUCUUCACUUCUAUAUAACCUGUACAUUCGCUGCCAAGGACCUGAAUUUCAGAAUUCUUUUAUCUUCACCUCACUGCUUCUUAUCUCUCUUUACUACUUUAUAAUGCCCCUUGAAAUACCUAUCUGUUUGUCAUCUGCCCUGCUUCUCCUACCAUGGCUUAGCAUCAGUGUGAUAACAUUCCUAGGAAGGGCUUUGAGAAAUUUUGCUAUUUUAGAGAUACCAUAUAAAUUUUGUUAUUGAAAUCUAACCUUGGCAAUCAUUCUUGAGUUUUCUUUCUUGAAUAUUUUGUUGAGAUUAGGAAGGAAACCUGCAAACAUUAUGGAAAAGUCUUUCAACUAAAGAGAGGGCUGCACUCUCUUGUGAAGCUCUGCUCUUACAGUAGGAAUUAAACUUGUGGUACUAAUCAUCAGCUCAGUCGGGCCAACCUGUCAAGACUGAUUUGAUUAUGUUCACAACAAAGACAAAGAAUAAUCUUAUCCUGACUGUUCCGUAUCUGGGAGGUUAGGAAGAAGCACUGCAUUAGAUCACUUCCGUUGGCUUCCUGAUCCAAUGCAGUGGCCACAGCAUAAAUAAAUCUCUUCAGUGAUUUGCAGCAGCUUGGUUUCUUUGCUGGCCUAUUAAUCAUGCUGUUAACCCCUAAGCUAUCAUCCUGAAAUUGCCAUUGCUCAUAAUAGUAGGCAGCAGCCAUAUUAACACAUGAUGGAAUGCUGUAAAUUCUAAUAGAAUGCAGGUUGAACAAGGCUAUUAAUACUGGCCCAUUAUGCCUUGGAGAAAUAUUCUUUCUGAAACACAUCUUAAAGGCUAAGCCUCAAUAUUGUAGUGAUUUUGUGUCCACUGGAUCCUUCUUGUAAUGAUAUCCCUCUGCCUUCAUACACCCUUAUGCCUAGCAUAUUAAGUAGGUGUUAAGUUUUGUCCAAAUGCCAAAUCAGGGAUCACCAAAAAAAAAAGUAAUCUCAAAUCUGGGCCAUCCUUGUUUUAAGGAACCAUUGUCCGGUUUCCUUCCUUUAAAAAAUAUAGAAGCCAAACUAUGAGAUUAAUCAAGCAGAUGGCACCACACUUGUGUGCAGACGGGUGGGAAGGGAGUCAACAGAAUGAAAGAGCUCUCGUCAUGGCAAGCAUGGAGCUGAGGGAAAAUGGGGUGAGGGGUUUGGAGAAGGGGGAUGGCGAAGGGAGUUAAUGGCGCACAGAUGUCCAGAGAAGAACCCACCAACAUUUCGAGUGGGUGUGUUGUGCUUUGUCUUAUGGGUGACCCCUCCCAAACCCCUGUGGGUAGCAACAGCAUCACAGUCAUAGGUCAAGGCUUGGAUUUUCAAGAAAAAAUGGUGGUAGUCCAAUUUCUAGACAUCAAGGAGGAAUUAUAGAAUUCAGAUGGAGCAUGCAUACACCAGGGUACCACACAGUACGGAGAUGUCUGUUGAUGCCAGUUAUGCCAAUGGUUAAUACUGUUGGUAACACUCUCACAUCUGAGCUGAAAGAUCCCACACGAGAGAGUUGAAGCAGAAAUAUAGACAAUGCUCCAGUGCAGUACUGAGGGGUGUGGUAUGUGUCAGAAUGCUGUCCUGUUAAUGUGAGGUAGAACCUGGUUGACAUAAAAAAAUCCGAUGGUACUGUUUCAAACAAAAACAAAGGAGUUUAUCCUGACCAAUAUUUAUACAUCAAUCUCAACAUCACUAAAACAGAUUUGGCCAGAAAUGCAAUCCUGGCCACUUGUGAUAAUCUGCCAUAUAGUAAAAACUGCCAUUUGUAUUCUGUCCCUGAACUUCAGUUACAUUGAAGUCAAUUUCUAGGGCUGACUACAAUAUGUUACUACUAUUAUGUAGCAUGACAAAUCAGGGAUGAAUUUUCAGGCAAUUAUCUGCCCUUUAUUACUUUGCUGAUUGUGGAAACGGUGUUUGUAAAUUGGCAGCUGUGUUUCCUACAUUAAAACUUCAAAAAGCACUUCAUUUAUUGUAAAGUAAUUUGCAAGCUAAUGUCCUGAGGUUGUGAAAGAUGAUAUGUGAAUGACUUUUUUUAAACCUCCUUGUAUUCAAGACCAUCUUAUGGAGCCUGUGACAUAGUUGAAGACUUAGUUCUUAUUUCAUUUAGAGAUAAAAGCUUCCUUUUUCACUAGCCAAAAUUUCCUCAGCUGAUUGGUUCUGGGUGCAUUGGAGUAACCUGACUAAAUUAAUCCAGACACAAUGAAUUGGAAAGUUAGAAUCACUUCCUCUCAUCUUACAAACAGAAUUUCUUAUUCUGGGCUUUUGUUCAAUGUUACAUUUGCAGAGAUUAAAAAUACAUAGGCAUAAGGCUUUUAAACAACAGUUUCUAAAUUCUGUAUUGGUUUUCUGUCUUAAAACAUAUUUCUAAACUUGAAUAUCAGGUAGAGCAUCCAAAGAAUGUUCCGUUAGCUUAAUUCUGUCUCAUUUUCUAACUGUAUUUAAAGAGUGUGGGCAGUUCCCAACUAGACCCCUAGUGUGAGCAACAGUGACUCUCUCGUGCAGUGCAUGGUUGUAUAUUUGUAAUUUGGGCCUUAUCAUGUUUGGAGAAUGAGAAAAGCUGAACUCUGACUCAUGGCACCGAUAUUCCAUCUUGCCGGCCUCAACCUCCCUUACUUCGAUGAACUUGAACAAUUCAUUAAGAAGGGGUUGGAUUUGGAAAAUGUCAUUAUGACCUUCAAGGAGUUACCUGGAAAAAGAAAGUUUGUGGGACUGAGUUGCUAAUAAUAUUUGAGUUAUUAUUUAAACAUAGCUAAUUUAUAUAGAAUGUUGAAAAUGGGAAGUCAACCAAGAAAAUCCUACUGUUGGAAGGUAAUCAUCUCCAAUUAUUGAAGUUUGAUAAGUUUUGCUUUCAUUGUAUGCCAAAGCUUCAGUACAUGAUCUCAAUCAGAAUUUGUUGUGAACCUGCAGGAGUCACCCUUUUACCCAGGCCUGAAUCAGUGGCUCCAAAAGAGAAUGUCAUAAAAUGACAUGGGGGCAGCAUGUGAGGAAUCUGCACCAUUUCUUUCUGCCCCUCAGUAAUAAUUUUCUAGAUUAGUUGCAAAGGUUCAAUAUCUUCUCAUGAGCAAUGGCUGUAAAGUUGGAUUGCAACUAUCUGCAAGCAGAAGACUGCAGCGAACAGAUCUCAUUGUAGAGUUAGAGUCAUACAGCACAGGAGCAGGCCCUUCGGCCCAACUGGUCCAUGCUGACCAAGAUUCCCAUCUAAACUAAUCCCAUUUGCCUGCAUUUGGCCCACAUCCCUCUAAACCUGUCCAAGUACUUUUUAACUUUUGUUAAUGUACCUGCCUCAACCACUUCCUCUGGCAGUUCAUUCCAUAUACAGACCACCCUCUGGGUGAAAAAGUUGCCCCUUAGGUUCCUAUUAAAUCUCUCCCCUCUCAGCUUAAGCCUAUGCCCUCUAGUUUUUGAUUCCCCAACCCUGGGAAAAAGACUGUGCACAUUCACCCUAUCUAUGCCCCUCAUGAUUUUAUACACCUUUAUAAAAUUACCCUUUAUUCUCCUACGCUCCAAUGGAAAAAUGUCCUAACCUGCUCAACCUCUCUCGGUCCUAUAAAAUUCAGUUCUCUCAAAGGUCACUUAAAAGGAAAUUUGCUCUGAAUCCUUUGAAAAAAAGACCUAGUGCUGAAUCAAAAAUAACACCAUCCAUGUCUGUUUCCUCUGUAGCUACAACUUGUUGCCUUAUGAAUCUUUAAAUUCUAAAACAUUAUUAUCAUAUUAGCAUUGGUCACGACUGUAUAUCAACCUCGACAGGUAUAGAUGAAGAAAACUUUUGUCCAGCAUACAGGAAAUUGCUGGUGGGGAGACUUUAGGUCUCCUAAUGGUUAGAAAGUAAGGCAAAGCAUUUUAUUCCAGAUUUACUGUGAAAUACUUUAUGCUUCUCACACUGCAAGGUAAUUUAGUCCAGCGGCUUGAACUUUUAUUGCUCAGCAUCCCAAUGAGAUUGAGGACUCCAGUUCCCAGACUAGCUGCCGCUGCUACUCAUUUGCUCCUGCAGGCUUUGUUGUCUAUUGUUCUUGCUCAGCCGUUGGAUAGGGCAUUCUGCAGUUGUGAAGUCACAUUAUGAGGCUAUGGCUGGGGAAGUUCCAACCUUAACUUUCAUAAGUAUUUGUCCCCAAAGUUACGAUCAUCAGUCAAUGUGAACGGGCAAUGGUUGAAGGUUAUGAUGAAGAUACUGGAGAAUGCAGCUUGAUGGCAAAUGCCCAACAGUGGGUGUGGGGGUCAGACAGGGAAUCAGAACAAACCAGAUAUAUUUAAUUUGUAUUUCCCUGCUUCAUACCACUUCCCCAAAACAAAACAUUCAUAUUUCCCAUAAGGCUGGAUGACAGAAGUAUUAAUGUGAUGAGAACUUGCCAACCAUGAGCAGAUAAGUUAAUGCCUUUCAUUUGGAUUCAGUUUUCUGCAAGAAAUCUAUUGUAGUCAUCAAGAGACCUGAGAGUUGUAGAUGUUUCCCCAUUGAGUAUUAUUGGAUACACUUACUGUCAUGUUUUAUAUUACAUCGUUGUCACAGCUACCUCAGUGGCAUUAGACAAGAAUAAUCAAUCUGCCAAAAUGGAGUUGCAUCCUGCAGGAACUGCCUCAGCCCAUGGUGGAAGAGAGACUGGACCUCCUGAGAUGGGAGAGAUCAGUUGAAUAAUGAAUGCUGUAUCUGACAAUCGAACCUGAAAAUACUCAAUGCUGUUUUUGCAGGAUUCAUUAUCUUGUCCACAAAAAUUUAACCAGUGGUAGGUGUAAUCCACACAGUGGAUAUCUGAAGAAAAGUAGCACACUUUGAAUCUUGCCCUCUUACAAAUUAUGUAAAUAGUUUUUAAAAACUGUACAAAUUUUAAUGCAUUAUUGUGCGUCUUAGUAUUUGUCCCUCUGAAAAUGAUGUCCGUAUAACAAUAGUUCCUUGCGCAGCAUACAGGAACCAAAUGGAAAUUGGAACAUCAGCUUCUGAUUAUUUGUACAAUUGUAUUGUGUGCGCUAUUAAAUUCCACCUUUUGAAGAAGCAUGUAAAUAUUUUUAAUAGGAAGUAUAUCAUAAAUGGAUCUUGGUUGUCUUGUAUAUAAUCCUUGUAGAGUUGUAGCAAUCUUGACCUUCUAGAACCUUGUCUUUUCAAUUUGUAAACUGUUUUAUUUCAAGUUGCUGGCCAUGAGAAAGGAUUUAAAAAAAGGAUUUGUCUUUUUUUAUUAUAUAUAUCUGUGCUGUGCCCAUUUAUAAAAUAAAAAAACAACUGA